AUGGCUACAGGGCCAUGCACUACUGAGUCCCUUGUGUUCCGGCUCCAUGAGAGCACUCCUGAGGUGGUGUGGGAGGUGUUACUUGAGCGUAGUUGGGCAGUGUAUGACCCACUGGAGUGGGAUGAAGAGAACUGGAACCUCUACUGGCGCAUGUCUGGCUUCCGUAAGAGGCUGAGCCAUCUCCCCAAGACCACGUGUAGCUCAAGCAUGGACUGGCUGGCACGCAGUCUGAGAAGGAUGAGGGGUACGUAUGGCGCCAGGCUGUAUGGCUUCAGUCCCAUGGCCUUUAUCCUCCUGAAUGACUACACCAGGUUUCUGGAGGAGUACACAAAGAUUCUGGAGGAGUACACAAAGCUGGGAGCUGAUGGAAAGUGAGGAUACUGGAUCUGUAAACCAGUGGAUCUCUCUCAAGGGAGAGACAGCUUCAUCUUUGAUAACAUCAAGAAUUUGACUUAUGACUCACCUGUAAUUGUACAAAAAUACAUCAGCAACCCCCUUCUGAUUUCAGGCAACAAAUUUGAUUUGAGGAUCUAUGUCAGUGUGAAGAGCUUCUGUCCACUGACAAUCUACAUGUAUCAGGAGGGUUUAGUGUGUUUCAUGACAGAGAAAUCUCUGGACAAUCUGUUUUCUCACCUGACAAACACAAGCAUCAACAAGUUUGGUCCAUUCUACACUACAGACAAAGAGCAGGUGGGUCAAGGGUGUACGUGGACCAUGAGCAAAUUCUGCAGCUUUCUCCACAGUCAAGGUAUCAAUGAAAUUCUGCUCUGGCAAAAAAUCAACAACAUAGUGACACUGACUUUGCUCACUAUUACCCCUUUGAUUCCUUCCUCCCCUAACUGCUUAGAAUUGUUUGGCUUUGAUAUCCUCAUUGAUUCUCACUACAAGCCAUGGCUUUUAGAGGUCAGUCAUAGCCCUGCACUUUCUAUGGACUGCCCUGCUCAUAUAAUGGUCAAAAAGAGUUUGAUAAAUGACUUCAUUGACCUGAUGAAUUACACAAUGAUACCCGUAUAA